UGGUGGGGGGGGGGGGGCAGGGAACCUAGGGCCAGAGCAGGGUGGAAAGUCACUUCCAGGGACAUUAAUAUGGCUCAAUCCCAGGGCUCCAGCCUCCCAGACUGUACCUAUUCUAAGCACCACCUCUCCUCACCACCCUUGUCCCACAGUGCCCCCUGCUGGGGAUGUCUUCACCUUCCACUCUUCCCCAGACUCCCUGGAUUCCAGCCACUGCAGCCUCCUGGCUGGAUUGGCCACUGCAGGUCACGCCUCAGGACCUUUGCACCGGCUGUUGCCCCUGCCUGAGAUGCCAUUCUCUUCUGCCUGGCUAGCUCCUACCUUUGUUCAAGUCUCAGCUUUCUUCAAUCCUCAGGAAAGCACUCUGGGACGCCCAGAUGGGGGCGGUUCCCAGGCUACCCCUGGCACAGUGCCCACCUCCUCCUUGGCAGCAUUUACCACAACCUUGUUCAGUGGUUCCUAGAUGAAUCACUUCUAUAUUAUUAUUGGUCAUUAAGCAGGAGUGGUUCAAAUUCAGGGGCCCCACUGUAUCCCCACUAGCUGGUCCAGCACCCUGUGCCCGUUCGUUUGUUGCCUGACAGACAGACAACGGAGGCCGUGUGGCUGACCAUCCUGUGGACGCAGGCUGAGGAUGCAGCGCUGGAAGGCGGCGGCCCUGGCCUCGGUGCUCUGCAGCUCCGUGCUCUCCAUCUGGAUGUGUCGGGAGGGACUGCUCCUCGGCCACCGCCUCGGACCUGCGCUGGCCCCGUUGCGCCGGCCGCCUCGCACCCUGGACGCCCGAAUUGCCCGUCUGGCCCAGUACCGUGCACUGCUGCAGGGCGCCCCGGACGCGGUGGAACUUCGAGAACUGACGCCCUGGGCCGGGCGGUCCCCUGGUCCGCGCCGUCGGGCGGGGCUCCGGCGGCGGCGCGCGCGUGCGCGGUCGGGGACACGGCCGUGCGGGCUGCGCGAGCUCGAGGUGCGCGUGAGCGAGCUGGGCCUGGGCUACGCGUCGGAAGAGACAGUGCUGUUCCGCUACUGCGCAGGCGCAUGCGAGGCGGCCGCGCGCGUCUACGACCUGGGGCUGCGACGCCUGCGCCAGCGGCGGCGAGUGCGGCGAGAGCGGGUGCGCGCUCAGCCCUGCUGCCGCCCGACGGCCUACGAGGACGAAGUGUCCUUUCUGGACACGCACAGUCGCUACCACACGGUCCACGAGCUGUCGGCGCGCGAGUGCGCCUGCGUGUGACCCUACCUCAGCCGGCCCGGAGACACGGCGGCCACGGCCCCCGCCCCGACGGCACCCACGGUCCCGCCUGGCAAGCCCCGCGACAGACUGCCCACCAGCAGAAGAUGCCGUCCAGGGCUCAGGACUCUCGCGUUAACUGUACCAAAAUAAAGUGUGGAAAAUCCA